AUGGAAGUUAACACCAUUGCUGCUGCAUCUGCAGGGCCAAUAGGCCUUGCUGCAGAAAACCAGACUCACAAACAUCAUCAUUCACAUUCUCAACCCUACAGCCACCAUCACUACCAUGGCAUUUUUCCUUCAAAAUCUGUUCUCAUUAUCAUCAUAUCAACCAUUUCAGUAAUGGUCCUCCUUGCUAUAAUCUUUAUCAUAUUAAUGCUUCGCCGUGUCGUCAAGUCCACCAAAAACAAUGGCAAUAUUUACAAAGAGAGCAGCAUCAUGAACAACACAAGUAGCAGGUUCAUUGCUCAAACCACAGUGGCCUUUAAUUCUAGCCCAGAUGUGAAGGGUGGGUGCCUCCAAGGAGGGAACUCUGGAAGGUCAAUUAGGACACCUAUAGUCACAGCAGCAAGCAAAUACAAAGGAGUUCAAGUGUUCUCAUACAAAGAACUUGAGGAAGCCACUGAUGGAUUUAGUGAAGCGAAUGUGAUAGGGCAUGGUGGGUUUGGAGUUGUGUAUAGGGGGGUCCUCAGAGAUGGGACUGAGGCAGCAAUUAAGAUGCUGCACAGGGAAGGAAGGCAAGGAGAGCGUUCCUUCAGGGUUGAGGUGGAUCUGCUAAGCCGAUUGCACUCUCCAUACUUGGUGGAGCUGCUUGGUUAUUGUGCUGACCAGCACCAUAGGCUCCUCAUAUUUGAAUGCAUGCCUAAUGGUACUCUGCAACACCAUCUACAUUCCACAAACAAACAUCAGCCGUUGGAUUGGGGGACCCGAUUGAGGAUAGCUCUUGAUUGUGCUAAGGCCCUUGAGUUCCUCCAUGAGCAUGCCAUCCCUUCUGUUAUACACCGGGACUUCAAGUGCACCAAUGUUCUGUUAGAUCAAAAUUUUCAUGCCAAGGUAUCUGAUUUUGGAUUGGCCAAGAUGGGUUCUGAAAAAAUCAACGGUCAGAUUUCGACGCGUGUGCUGGGGACCACAGGAUAUCUGGCACCAGAGUAUGCCUCAACAGGAAAGCUUACUACAAAAUCAGACGUAUACAGCUACGGGGUGGUUCUUUUAGAGCUCUUAACAGGGCGUGUGCCGGUAGACACCAAACGGCCUCCCGGAGAGCAUGUCCUUGUCGCAUGGGUUCUUCCAAGGUUAACUAACAGAGAAAAGGUAUUGGAAAUGGUUGACCCAGCUCUACAGGGGCAAUUCUCAAAGAGGGAUCUAAUUCAGAUGGCAGCUAUUGCAGCAAUGUGCGUGCAGCCAGAAGCUGAAUAUCGGCCUCUAAUGACCGAUGUUGUGCCUUCUCUAAUUCCUCUGGUUAAAAACUCCUGCUCUUCUGGUUCCUCUAGAUUUCAGAAUCAUAUGACAAGUCCAAGGUAUUAG